AAAGUGCGCAUCUUUGGAUCUCAGGCGGUGAACUACCCGGCGGUGGAUCCUGCGCCCACCAUCAUCCACGGCGCCUGGCUCUCCACGGGCUGCAGAGAGAACGCGCCCGUGGCCGUGGAGAAGCCCAAGACGAAGAAGGCGUUCAGCCUGGUCCGGAUCAUGUCUCUGGGUAACAACAAGAAGGGCCCAGGCCAGAACCUGCAGCACAACAACAACAGCAUGCCUUUCACCAUCCACUGUCAGAUCGGCAAAGAAAUCAAGCACAUCUGCAGCAACUGCAGCCGCGGGAACGCCACUCAGGACGCUGAGGAAGUAGAGAGGCUGGCAGCCAUGCGCUCCGAGUCCCUGGUUUCUGGCACCCACACACCACCCAUCCGUCACAGGAGUAAAUUUGCUACUCUGGGGCGACUCCUCAAACCCUGGAAAUGGAGAAAGAAGAAGAGCGAGAAGUUCAAGCAGACCUCUGCUGCUUUGGAGAGAAAGAUGUCACUGCGGCAAAGCAGAGAUGAGCUCAUCAAGAGAGGGGUGCUGAAGGAGAUCUUUGAAAAAGCAUCUGUUGAGUUUCGAUCCUCAAUGGACGGCAGCGUCUGCACUCAGGAGCCCCCUGUUAAGACGUCUAUGGUCUUGCCCACUAAGAAAUCCAUCACUUAUCCGAGUGACCAUCAGGAUGCUCCGGCCAAGCCGCCGCUUUAUCACAAACAACCACCUGCUCUGCCUCCAAAACCUUUCUCUAGAAUCCCAAACCACAGCACAGAUUCUUGCCAUCCUGUGAAGUUGCCCUGCAUGCCCGGAGGAAAGCACUCUCCACCCCUGCCUCCCAAGAAAGUGAUGAUUUGUGUGCCUCCAGGGGGGCUGGACUCCUCCCCAUUGUCGUCCCCGAACCCCCUCAACACACAUCCACCGAAGUGCGGCCCUCCCCAGGGCAUGCCGCCUCACCACAGCACGCUGCUGCCCUCCCAGAUCAGCGGGCUGUCCGGGUUUCACCAGACCCAUGGUCACCCGCUCCAGCUUCAGUACGGCAGCCUGCACGCCCCCAGCCGCAUCAUAGAGGAGCUCCAUAAAACCCUGGCGCUCUCCAUGCAGAGGUUUGAAAGCUCUGCUUUGCUUGGUAGCAUUCAGUGUGCUCCCCUUGAAAGAAGAGAAGUUCCCUCGGUGAUUAUUGACUACGAGGAUGACAAGGAGAACAUGCCCAACGAGUCUGACUACGAAGAUCUGCCCAGCAUGUAUAAGGACGAGGAGGAUGACGUGGAUGAUGACGACGACGAUGAAGAUGACGACUCUUUAUUUACAAGUACCUUGGCUAAGAAGGUGCUACGAAAAGACUCCCUGGCCAUCAAGCUGAGUAACCGUCCAUCCAAACGAGAGCUGGAGGAGAAGAACAUCCUGCCCAUGCAGACGGAUGAGGAGAGGCUGGAGUCAAGACAGCAAAUAGGCACCAAACUCACGAGACGCUUGAGUCAACGACCCACAGCCGAGGAACUAGAACAAAGGAACAUCCUCAAGCCUCGCAAUGAGCAGGAAGAACUGGAGGAGAAGAGGGAAAUAAAACGAAGGCUGUCGCGAAAGCUGAGCCAGAGGCCGACUGUAGAAGAGCUGAGACAGGCCAAAAUUCUCAUCAGAUUCUGUGACUACGUGGAGGUGUCAGACGCUCAGGACUAUGACCGGCGCGCAGAUAAGCCCUGGACUCGGCUCACAGCUGCUGACAAGGC